AACCGAUCCGAGUCCGAUCCAGUAAUCACAUGCUCGUUCGACGCGCGCUUCAUGAUGAAGUUCGCCUGCACUGCUCGCUGUAACGUACAGCGAGCAUGGCGAUAUUCUCGAAACCGCUCAACCCUAAUGAACUAUUUCGACACCAGUCAUCACGACGACCAUUGCUUGUUCUGAUCGCACAGUUCUCAUUCUUCGGUCUAGACUGUUUAAACCCUUUAGGAACAAGACAAGCAGUACACCAACGUACAGUCAACGCGAGCUUGCCAUCACGCUGUUUCACUUUCCGCUGCACUCCUACUCAUGCUCACUCUACAUUUCUCGUUCUUCGUACUGUGCUGAGCAUAGCUGUCGCCCGCCUAGAUGGUCGCAUAGUAAGAGACUUGAACCCGCUUGACUCGAUACAUCACGACCUCUACCUCUCCUCCGCUCCCUAUCUCCGCUACUACCGUGUUCCCCUCCAUGGCAUCGACCAGUACAUCACAGCAGACGUCGACGCUUGGGCAGAGAGUGUCGCUGGUAUAUACGGCAAUCUCAUGAAACCCUCCCUCGACCUCCUUCUCUUCACCUCCCAACUCGCAAGGUCUCUCGGAUUCAGAGGCACCAUCCUCCGUGCCGUGACACCUGCAUUUGGUCGUCUCGCAGCUGUAGAAGCCCGUCUGGAAGGCGAAUAUAGAGCUGGCGAAAGCGAGGAAGUCGCGUUCUACGACGGAGGUGCACGCGAACGAGAUAUACUGACGAGAACGUAUUUGCGAUUGAUCAAACAUGUCAAUUCGAUAUACAAGAUCCGCAUCGCAUACGAAUGGACAGAAGAUUUCGUCAUCAAAUACCUCUGGUCCGCCGCUGGGUACGGGUUGAUAGCCGUACCGUUGCUUAUCACGAGGAAACGCUCCCGUGAUGCGGGUGUCGUGGAUGGAAAGGGAAAGAGUGGAGAGGGAAAGCGGGGACGAAACAAGAAGAGCGACGCAGAUGGUAUCGUUGCUGCCAGGACAGAAACCUACAUCUCCAACCGACGCCUUCUCCUCUCCCUCGCAGAUGCGGGUGGGAGACUCAUGUAUGCGUAUAAAGAUCUGCAAGAGGUUGCUGGGUUGACUGGGCGACUCUACACCCUCCUUUCAACUCUUCACAACCUCCCACCUCUCCCUCUUGCACUCUCAGGGGACGGCGAUACAUUCGCGCUGAAGGACGUGGAUAUAUGCAUUCCAGAGGAUCCCUUGACCUCUCCCAACUCACCCUCACCCACACCUUCUCAUUCCUUAGCCACUACCUCCAAGCUUCAAGCUCACGCAGAACCAAUCCCCCCAGCCCCAUCCUUGGAAGCGACUUCCUCAGAAACUCUCUCAGGGCCAAACACCACCCUCGUCCGCGCACUCACGCUCACGCUCCGACCAGGUAUGCACCUCAUGAUCACAGGAUCUAACGGGGUUGGGGAAAACGGCCGUUGCACGGGCUCUAUGUGUACCGAUGGCACGGUUGCGCGUCCUGUUUAUGAUGCACUUACGCAUCCCACAAACGACGCAGAUGGCCGUCCAGGUGUAUUUGUCAUCCCCCAACGUCCCUACCACCCCACAGGGUCCCUCUUAUCCCAAAUCAUAUACCCACAUUCCGUAUCCGAGUUCACUGCGUCCCCCGCGGCGCUGUCAGAACUCGAAAGCUUGCUGGAUGCUGCUCACCUUGGAUAUUUGGUGGAUAGAGAGGGCGGGUGGGGUGCGAUUAAGGAGUGGAGGGAUGUGUUGAGUGGGGGGGAGAAGCAGAGGCUUGCGAUGGCUCGCCUUUACUACCAUCGUCCCAAAUUCGCAAUUCUAGACGAAUGCACAUCCGCCGUGAGCUCCGACGUCGAGGGCCAGAUGUACGAGCACGCAAAGGCGUUAGGGAUCACCUUGAUCACCAUUUCCUUGCGACCGUCUCUGACAAAGUACCACACGCAUAUAUUGACUCUUACGGGCGACGGAACGGGCAGUUGGACCUUUAGCCGGAUUGCUACGCCUCGGGCUCAUGAGGGGCGUGGUGAGAACAGACUGACGACACCGCUUGGCGAAAGCGAACCAAUUGCGGGGGAUGGCGAACGUGAACUAACAACAGAGGACACAGGAGCCAAAUACCUCGCGCGCGUCCUUGAAGAGAUACGUGUGCUAGAAGCACGGAUUGAAGAGUCGUGUGAGUGGGAGAAGAGGGUGAGAGAGCUUGGGGAGGAGUUGAAGUAA